CCAGGUAUCCGGCCUCCUCUUGGACCCCUUCCAGGCCCCAGGGGUCUCCACCCCAGCCCAACUCCAGGGCCCCAAAGAGGGGAGGGGCUGUGAUCCUGGGUCUGGAAGGGGCUGAGCUGUGAGCUAUAAAGGGAGCAUCUCUUAGCACGGGGACUCUAGGCAACUAGACCUGAGGCCAGACAGGACUAACUCCAUGUACCAUCCACAAGAGUUGUACCCCUCCCUGGGGACCAGCUACCGCCUUGGGGCUCCCCAGCCGGGGACAGAUUCCAGCUUCCCCCCUCCCCUGGCAGAGGGCUACCGAUAUCCCGGUGAGCGCAGGGACGAGCUCCUGCGCAGGGAUUGGGGGUGGGGGAGCUGUGGCCCUGUGCUGGCUCCUCAUUCUCCCCCAUUGCCAGAUCUGGACACUCCCAAACUGGAUUGCUUUCUCACGGGUAUUGAGGCUGCUCCCUGCACCCUGGCCGCUCCUCCACCUCUACCCCCGCUGCCCCCAGCCCUGGGCACUGAGCCAGUACCCCCAGCCCCAGAAGCCCUUCAUUCGUUCCCUGGAGUCAGCCUGAGUCUGGAGAAUCAGGAGCUGUGGAAAGAGUUCAAUUCCGUGGGAACAGAGAUGAUCAUCACCAAAGCUGGGAGGCGCAUGUUCCCUGCUUGCCGAAUAUCAGUCACUGGCCUGGACCCUGAGGCUCGCUACCUGUUUCUACUGGAUGUGGUUCCCGUGGAUGGGGCUCGCUACCGCUGGCAGGGCCAGUGCUGGGAGCCCAGUGGCAAGGCAGAGCCCCGCCUGCCUGACCGGGUCUACAUUCACCCUGACUCUCCUGCCACUGGUGCCCACUGGAUGCGGCAGCCUGUAUCUUUCCAUCGUGUCAAGCUCACUAACAGCACGCUGGACCCCCAUGGCCACCUGAUCUUGCACUCCAUGCACAAGUACCAGCCCCGCAUACACUUGGUGCGGGCCGCCCAGCUUUGCAGCCAGCACUGGGGGGGCAUUGCCUCCUUCCGCUUCCCUGAGACCACAUUCAUCUCUGUGACAGCCUACCAGAACCCGCGGAUCACACAACUGAAGAUCGCAGCCAACCCCUUUGCCAAGGGCUUCCGAGAGAAUGGCAGAAACUGUAAGAGGGAGCGAGAUGCCCGUGUGAAGAGGAAACUGCGGGGCCCAGAGCCAGUAGCCACAGAGGUCUGUGGGAGUGGAGAUGCACCAGGUGGCCCCUGCGAUUCCACACUGGGUGGGGAUGUUCAUGAGUCAGAUCCAGAGCAGGCCCCAGCCCCCCAGGAAGGUGCCCCUGCCUCAGCUCCUCCAUGUGGUGGCCCCAGUGCCGAGGCCUACCUUCUGCACCCUGCAGCUUUCCAUGGGGCCCCCGGUCACCUUCCAACGAGGAAUCCCAGCUUCCCUGAGGCUCCAGACUCUGGGCGUCCAGCCCCUUACUCAGCUGCAUUCCUGGAGCUGCAGCCUGGGCCAGGGGGCUCAGGAUACCCAGCGGCUGCACCCCCAGCACCCUUUGCCUCACACUUCCUCCAAGGGGGCCCCUUUCCCCUACCCUACCCUGGUCCUGGGGCUUACCUGGAUGUGGGCUCCAAACCUAUGUACUGAGCAAUUGCUGGGCCCCUCUGCCUCCCUCCCUGUCUUCCAUCACAAACCACAAACCUCCAGUUCCCCUGCACCCCAACCCAGCUACAGACCCCAUAGCCUGCCACUUCCACUGGUCCCAUCCCCCACACCAAAUGGCAGCCUUGGGCCUCCCCCCACCACUUCACACUUUGAUUUCACUGCCACCACCCAUGGCUUCAAAGCUCUGGCUAAGCUGCUGGGAGUCCAGCUGGGGCCAGCUUCCCCUUCCCGGCUCUCACCUUAGUGUGAAUGGAGGGAGGCUCUGCCUGGCCAAAUGGGGCCAGUGACCAUCAUUCCCACCUUCUGGGCUUCACCCUUGGGCUUUGCAAGUUCUACCCCUAUGCCCCAGUGCAAGCCACAUCAGGCUGUUCUCAGGACCAGAGUAUUUUUGUUAAUAAAACUGAAAAGCCAUCAGCGCUCUGGAA